AUGUUGCUCUACAACAAGCAGAAGAAGAAUCAGGCUAAAGGGAACCGGAUUCUGAUCAGCGUUACGGUUCUGGGUAGCGCCGGUCCGAUCCGGUUCGUUGCGUUCGAGGAAGAUCUCGUCGCUUCUGUGAUCGACACUGCCCUUAAAUGCUACGCUCGCGAAGGUCGUCUUCCUCUUCUCGGAUCCGAUUUCAAUGACUUCUCUCUCUAUUGCCCCAUGGUUGGACCUGAAGCUUUAAGCACAUGGAACGCAAUUGGAUCGCUUGGAGCAAGGAACUUUACUCUGUGUAGGAAACCAGAGGAGAAGAAGGUUGAUGAGCGAUCUAAUGCUUCCACCAUUAACAGAGCAAGGAAAGGUGGGAGCUUGAAAGCUUGGAUCAACAAGUCCUUUAGCCUCAAAGUCUCCAGCCAUUGA